UGAAAAAACUCAAGUCAGACACCAAAGCUUUUUCCCGCCUGACCAGCUGGAUGAGCUUCAAUGGAGAUUUCUUGUUCAAACACCAUGAACGUCUCCUUCAACUACUCAAAUCUUGGUCUGCAGUUCCUUCCCUUAAAACCACCAAGCCUCUCCAUGCCCUCGCUAUCACUCUCGGCCCUUACACCUGCCAGCCCAUCUUCGUAUACAACAACAUCAUUUCUCAGUAUGCGUUCCUUCGUCAUUUAUCAGCCGCGCGCAAAGUGUUUGACAUCAUGACUGAGAGAAACCCAGUAUCAUUUAAUUCGAUGAUCAGUGCCUAUGGUAAAUGCGGGGAUGUCUGGGGGGCUUGGGAUUUGUUUUCUAUGAUGCGGGGCUGUGGGUUUUCGCCUACUCCUUUCGCGUUGGCUGGACUGUUGUCGUGUCAAGCAUUGGAUCUUUGUGGUGGGAGUCAGUUACAAGCAUUGGUUGUCAAAAAUGGGCUGUUCGACGCUGAUGCUUUCGUGGGUACUGCUUUGUUAGGUCUGUAUGCAAGGUCUGGGUGUGUAUCUGAAGCAGUUCAGGCAUUUGAAGACAUGCCAAGGAAGAGUUUGGUGACUUGGAACUCGAUCAUUUCUUUGUAUGCACAUUAUGGGUUGGUUGAAGAUUGUAUGCUUUCGUUCCGUGAGCUCCUAAGGCUGGAGGCAUCUUUGUCUGACUGUUCAUUUGUUGGUGUUUUGUCUGGAUUGGAAGGUGAGCUUGAUUCGGAAUUUGGAGAGCAGAUACAUGGCUUAGUGAUUAAAAGUGGGUUUGAUUAUGAAGUAACAGUUGUUAACUCUCUUAUUAACAUGUAUGUGAAAUGUGUGCGCCUCUGCCUAGCUGAAAAAGUCUUCCAGGGCAUGCAUAUAAAAGAUGUUGUGUCAUGGAACACAAUUAUUGGUGCACUGGAAAGGGACGGGGGUCCGCCAAAAGCUUUAGAUUUCUUCUUUCAAAUGUCCAUGGAUGGAGUGAUGCCUAACCAGACUACCUUAGUUAUUAUUAUUGCUUCGUGUAGUAGUUUGCAGAUCCCAAUGUUAGGAGCAUACAUUCAUGCCAAAACAAUCAAGAAGGGCUUCGAAUCUGAUGUAUUUGUAGGUAGUGCACUUGUUGACUUUUAUGCCAAAUGUGAUAAAUUGGUCGAUUCCCACCAAUGUUUUGAUGGUAUAUAUGAGAAGAAUGUAGUUUCUUGGAAUGCUUUAAUUUUGGGAUAUGCUAGUAAAUUCUGUACUACUUGUUCUUUUUUACUGCUAGAUAUGCUGCAACUGGGUUACCGGCCAAAUGAGUUUACCUUUUCUGCUAUUCUGAAAUCUUCAGUGACCAUAGAGCUACAGCAGCUUCAUUGUUUGAUUAUAAGAAUGGGAUAUGAACAUAAUGUAUAUGUAUUGAGCUCCCUCAUGACCUCAUAUGCUAAAAAUGGUCUCCUAUCUGAUGCCCUUACUUUUGUGACAGAUUGUGAAAGACCACUCGCCAUAGUGCCCUCUAACAUUGUUGCUGGAAUUUAUAACAGAGUAGGCCAGUACCAGGAAACACUAAAGCUGCUUUCUGUUCUUGAAGAACCUGAUGUUGUAUCUUGGAAUAUCAUGAUUGCUGCAUCUGCUCACAGUGGUGACUAUAAAGAGGUUUUUGAACUAUUCAGACACAUGCAGAUGACUCAAAUAUAUCCUGACAAUUACACAUUUGUUAGCCUUUUAUCUGUUAGCAGUAAACUUUCCAACCUGGCUUUGGGUAGUUCUGUUCAUGGUCUCAUUAUCAAGACUGAUUUCAGUCUUUGUGACACAUUUGUUUGCAAUGUACUUGUCAACAUGUACGGAGAAUGUGGAUGCAUCAAAAGUUCAGUGAAAAUCUUUGAUGGAAUGGCAGAUAGAAACCUCAUCACCUGGACUUCUCUGAUUUCAGCCCUUGGAGUCAAUGGUUAUUCUCAUGAAGCUUUGGAAAAUUUCCAAGAGAUGGAGUUUCUGGGAUUUAAGCCUGAUGGGGUUGCUUUUAUUGCAAUCUUAACUGUGUGCAGACAUGCUGGAUUAGUGAAAGAAGGCAUGGAAUUGUUCAGGAGAAUGAAAUGCGAUUAUGGGCUUGAACCAAAAAUGGAUCAUUAUCAUUGCAUGGUAGACUUACUGGCUAGACAUGGGAAACUCAAGGAAGCAGAGCAAAUUAUUGCCGGUAUGGCUUUCCCACCUGAUGCCCUUAUAUGGCGUAGUUUCCUUGAAGGAUGCAAGAGACAUAUAACUACAGAAGGUCUAUCAACGGGACAUGGAGUUGUAAAAGCCGUAUAAUAAAUUACUUUUUGCUAGUGACUUGGGGCUAUCUCUGACUGCAGAGUUCUGAAUGUAUCUUUUCUCGAGUCAAGUAGCCUCAUACGUGCCUGACACCAGAUAUGCAUGACGGAGGUUCUCUGGACAUAAAAUUUUCCUUGAAAAAGCAAUAUUUGGUAUGAAGGCAGUCGCAUAGGCUUUCCAAACAAGAAAGAGGAAUGUAGAAAUCUUUAAAAACUCUUCUCUAUAAACUCUAGCAUGGAACUUCACUUGAUCGCGUGAAUCUCCCUAUUCUUUCUCGCGAAUGUCCAAGCCAUGGCCUCUCUUCUGCUCCACCUGCUUUCAUGAGGUAAAAAAUGCAUAUUUCAUUACUAUAGAUAAUCAACCUUUUCCCUUCCAGCAAAAUAAUAAAAGUAAAUGCAAAUUCAAUUUGGUGAUAGAAUUCAUGAUGUGUUUUUCUUUUUUGGCCAAAGAUAGAAUUGAUAAAGCUUGUUGUAUAUAAUAUCUUCAAUUAAUUCAAGUUAAGAGGAUAAAACUAAUAAUGCUAAAUCAUCAUUUAUCUAUCUAUCUGCAUGAAAUUGUUGUAGUUGGAUGACAGUGCUAAUUUAUCUGCUUGUGCUAAACAUUUUUACACCUUCAUGAAAGGUAUAUAAUAACAUGGGAGAAAUCUGAUUUGAGGCCAAAGUUAUAAAAAAUUAAAAAGGGGAGAGGGAAAGGAGCAUAGAAGAGAAAAAUUUUCCCAUGUACAGAAGAAAAAAAGAUCUUGCUAAAUCAGAUACAAAAACUACAAAAAAAGAAGGGUAUUGAAGUGAAAGAAUAUACCCUUUAACAACUGAAGCUUGACACAGAAUUCCAGAAAAAAAAAAAAGACCAACACUGACUCGGGAGAUGCAAAUAUCCCCCGUCCACUCAUAAUUCACAAAUUGCCAGCAUGAGAAUAACCUCCCAUUAAGACAGCCUCUAGAUUUUUCUACUUGUAUUCCUUUUGUGAGCCACCUGACUGAAAUCCUACUCAACUUCGUUAGUUUCUUAGAGGGUCUGUUUUAAUUUUCCUCUUAAGCUUCUAGUGACAUCAACCGAAGCUAACCUCAUAUCUUGUCUGCCUUUAAGAUUAGCUUGUACACUUUACCAAUACCCCAACACCCUUUUUCCAUCACACACUGAAUUCCAGAAUCCAGUGAAAUUAAAAAGGGAAUGGUAAAAUCUUUCGGGCUGCAGUAUCAGAUAAUUCAACCUGAACUGCACCAGUUGUAAUAUAAAACAGAAUAAUUCUUUCCAGACAACUUACAGUCUUUGAAUUUUGAUACAAUUGUUUCUUGAACAUGAAAUUACUAGAUUCACCUUAUUUUAGCACUUUUGCAGCAUCAAUGAGAAGUCUCAAUGGCAAGCAGGUACUAUUUUUUAGGGUUAAUAUCCUGCUGCUGAGUUCUUAAUUCUCCUUCAUGAGUUCUUUCAUAUCUAAAGUAUGCAGACGGUUGCUGGAACACUUUCAUCUGUGAAGAGAUGGAAGAAGGGCGAAUAAAAAACCCCGGUGGAGAAAGAAAUAGCGCCACCAGUGCAGAAGGAGGCAACUAUGGAUUGUGUAAGAGAAGGAUAUGGAUAAGCUUAUUAACAUGAACAACUAUAACUAGUUGCAAAACUAGGUUGCUUCAUCACCC